GGCCACCAUGUUUGAAAAAAAGAAAAGAAAAGAAAAGAGAGAAAAAAAAAACAUUUGGAGCAGAGGUUAGCCAACAGUGACGCGUGCCUGCAGAUAUGAGCCGGAGGAUUGCUACGAGCUGUUUUGCUACUAUCAUUACAUGUUUAUUGGCAAUGAGUGAUAGUUGUGCUUCAGUGAACUCAUCUGGGCCACACACUACGCAUCACAGCUAGCAGUACUGCUCACACUCACCCACGUUGCUGCAAAGGGAGAAGGAAGUCUGAAUGUUUGCAUUUCUAUAUUUACGAUAUCUGAGGGAGCUUUUUUUUUGUCCAAUGUCUUCCAGGAAGUGAGCGCAAAAAUGCCACAGAGGAGAGGAACGCCAAAAUCCAUCUUUGUGUCCUCAAUUUUAGUGUGUUGUAUGCUCGCCAGUGCGGAGUGUUCCAGCUGUGGAGAGUAUGAGUUCCUAAACCAGACCAGUAACAGCUGCCAGGCAUGCCCUCAGUGCCAGCCAGGACAGGAGCCACACACGCCCUGUGGCUACGGGGUGAAGGAUGAAGACUUUUCCUGCGUGCCGUGUCCACAUGGGAAGUACUCCAAAGGCAAAUAUGAGAUCUGCAGACGACACAAAGACUGCGACGCCCUCUAUAAAGCCACCGUGCGCACGGUGGGAACGCCGGACAGCGAUGCAGAGUGCGGCCCUUGCUUACCAGGGUAUUACAUGCUGGAGAACAGACCCCGAAACCUUUACGGGAUGGUUUGUCACUCCUGCCAGAACGCGCCGCCCAACACCAAAGAAUGUAUGCAGACCAGCGGGCCAGUCCAAAAACCUCAGUUUGAUCCAGGUAGCACCACCGUGUUCCCUCAUCUUCAGAAAGAUCCAACAGGUCAAGGUCACCUAGCGACGGCUCUCAUUAUCGCCAUGUCAACCAUUUUCGUCAUGGCCAUCGCCAUUGUCCUGAUCAUUAUGUUUUACAUUCUGAAGGCUAAACCGAGCGGCCAGGCGUGCUGCCAUGGACAAGUGAAAUCGGUCGAAGCUCAGACUAACAAACAAGAGGACAAGAAAGACGGCCCUGAUAAGGUGGUGAUCUUCUCGGAGAAAGACGAGUUCGACAAACUUCAGGCCUCGCCUCAGAUGACGGUGAAAAGUGAAAACGACGCCUCGUCCGAGAACGAGCAGCUGUUGAGCCGCAGCAUCGACAGCGACGAGGAGGCAAACAACAACCCGACCCCCAAUUUGGGACUCAACAACGUGGGCAACAAGCCCGACCUCUGCCUGCUCACUCUGGGCGCCGUGGACACCGAUUCCGCCAGUAACGGGACCGCCAACGUCAGCGUCGGCCCCAACGGCAACCUCCCCAGUCCCAGCCACACGGGUAGCAUCAACCACAUCUCCGGCGCUAACCACAUCAGCAACGUGACCGCAAUCAACAACAGCAAUAAGAACCCAGGGAUGUUACAGAGUCGCAGGAAAAAGAUCCUGGACCUGUAUGCUAAAGUGUGCAAUGUGACAGACGGCCUGAGCCCCACAGAGCUUCCCUUCGACUGCCUGGAGAAAGCCAGUCGCAUGCUGAGCUCUUCCUACAGCAGCGAGGCCGCCGUGGUUAAGACGUGGAGGCACUUGGCCGAGAGCUUCGGCCUCAAGCGCGACGAGAUCGGCGGCAUGAGCGACGGCUUGCAACUCUUCGAGAGGGUGAGCACGGCGGGAUACAGCAUCCCCGACCUGCUCACCCGCCUGGUGCAGAUCGAGAGGCUGGAUGCCGUCGAGUCGCUGUGCUCGGACGUUCUGGGAGGAAACGACAUGGUGGCCGGCGGGGGCCGGGCGGCCGGCGGCGGCGGCCGGCAGGGCAUUAGCAGUUUUCAUAGCCAGUUGGCGUGCCCGUCACCGUGUCAACCUUCCUCUCAACGCUGCGCCAGCGUCUAAGACGCCUGAGCGGCACAAAACUCUGAAGUUGGGAUGAAAUCUGCUUUGAUGCGCGACGCAUACAGAGACUUUUCUUCCUCAUCUCAUGAAGAACGUUGGCGACUAUACCGUGAUGUCAAGAAGCUCCAUAUCAAAUAUAGUUGGAUUUAUAUUGGCCAGGGCGGCCCGGUGGUCCGGUGGUUAGCGCGUUGACCUCACAGUGCAGAGGUACCAGGUUCAAUUCCAGCUCCGGCCUCCCUGUGUGGAGUAUGCAUGUUCUCCCCGGACCUGCGUGGGUUUUCUCCGGGUACUCCGGUUUCCUCCCACAUUCCAAAAACAUGCCUGCCAGGCUGAUUGAACACUCUUAAUUGUCCCGAGUGGGUCAACUGGUUAACAUGUCCGCCUCACAGUGCAGAGGUGCAGUGUUCAAUUCUUGCUGCGGCCUUUCUCCGGGUGUUCCGGUUUUCCUCCCACAUUCCAAAAGCAUGCAUGGCAAGCUGAUUGAAUACUCCAAAUUGCCCCUAUGUGUGAGAGUGAGCACGAAUGGUUGUUCGUCUCUAUGUGCCCUGCGAUUGGCUGGCAACCGGUUCAGGGUGCCCCCCGCCUACUGCCCGAAGUUCGCCGAGAUAGGCUCCAGCACCCACCGCUACCCUCGUGAGGAUAAGCGGAUCGGAAAAUGAAUGAAUGAAUGAUAUUGUCCACAGAAUUGGAGUCAAACCACCUAGAUGUGGUGUCUUUGCUAGCAAGCUUUUGUGCUUUUUCCAUCCGUCAAGUACGGAGACGCACCCACAGAACCAAUCCGUUGUUCAGGGAGAGACUUGUUGUUUCCCUCAGUGUAAAAUAAUUUUCCAUUGCGAACGAGGUCCUCUCUCAGGUUCAACGUCAAUAACCUGUACAAAUCCUGUCCUGGAAAAAUGACACCGUCCGACAUUUUGUCAAACGUCUUCCCAAAUGACUGUAAGUUGUUCUAUCGGAAAAUGGAGGGGUGGGGGAUGUAUCACACUGCAUGUUUUUUGGAGAUGUAAUCUGAAUUUGAAGCAGAAUUUUUGUUUCUAUCAAGUAGACUGGUAGGAGAAACGGGCAUGACUCAGGCUCGAGUAGUGUUUUAUUUUUUAUUUUUCGUCCAAAAAGCCUGCACCAGCUCAUACGCACAUUUGCACAUGUAGCCAUAGAUCUACACACACCUCACGCAAUGUGCCUUCAAACCUCAAAGUCCCAAACACGUGUACCAAACACCAACAAACGACUUCCUCUCCAGCAACCUCACCUGUGACCCCAACCCAACCGCCAACACCCCACUCCUUCAUAACAUGUCCUUCCUUCCUUUUUUACUUCAACUUCUUACCUUAGUGCUGCCGCCAGUUUUAAUUAUUAGGUGUGCAAACUCCCCAGGGCCCCACGAAUCAUCUCAAGUGUUGUGGUUUAUACAGCGGCUUCGACGUUUCCUGUGAUUUCCACCACCCAAUUAAGCAUUCAAAGCCAUUUUACUUGUGUGAAAGUCCAGCGGAAAAAUGGUUAAUAAAAAAAAAUAUGAAAAAUAAAAAAAAUGGAGCCACAACGGAAGCAUGACUAACUAACCCCCCCGGAGCCACAAGAGAUUGUCUUGAAAUGAAAAUGUAAAGAACUGUUAUUUAACAUUGGUGGGUCGGAGGGCAAAACCAUAAAAUCGAUAGCUCUCAGAUAGAAAGCAAAGAUGAGAUUGUUUUCUUGAUUGUCCUUUUAUUACACACGAUGGCCUUCUUAUUAUUAUUUUUAAAGAAACCGAAGUCUUGUGGUUCUGUCAAUCCUGUCAACACAGAAUUUGAGCCUCCUUUUCACCAAUGGUACCAUUUUGAUCACAAAAUGCCCGCCCCACCUAUUGUUGAGCAAACAGAGACGGAAUCGAAUGCUCAAAUCGCUGCAGGUGAAAAUGCUCGAUUUGAUUCAUGUGAAUGUCGGAAUCGGAAUCAUAUCAGCGAAACGGAAGCACAAUUUUAAGAAUCGCCGCACUUGCUUAGACUUUCAUAUUUAACAUCACACAAGGGACUGGACUCUGCGACUCUGAAUGAAUCCACGCACAUCAUAUCUUUUGCCACAGCCAUCAAUUCAACUCCUCAAACUUGAAACUGCGAUGCCUUGUUAAAGCUGCGCCAUCUUUUGCGAAACCCAGUUUAAUUCAAAACAGGCUGAGCAUUUUUCUUAUUUUUAUGGAGCCGAGUUGUUCAUGUUCAUAAAUGACCUAAUUGUUGGAUCGAGCUGAACUGAAACGGUUCCCGCAGCUGUUUUUUGGACAAGCAACGUCUUACUUAUUCAAUAUGCAGUCUUGAAGAUACACAGCAUGAAUAGGAUACCUCAGCAGCACCAGCAGCUUUGGAGCAGUGGAACAUGUCCAGAGACACUCAGUUGCAUCACAGAAUCAAAGUGUCAUUGUAUAUAUAACUUAUUAUUGUACAUAAUGUAUACUUUAUUAAAGAUGUAUGGCACAA